AGUUUAAUGUUUGGUCUCUGUAUUAAAGUAUUAAAGUUUUGCUUUCUCUGUUUUGCAGCAUCAUCUGUGGGCUCACACAGUUCACCAACAGGAACCACUUGGCAUUCGCUGCUCUGGAGGCCGUCUGCUUCCAGACCAGAGAGAUUCUUGAUGCAAUGAAUCAGGACAGCGGGGUCCCUCUGACGCAGCUUAAGGUGGACGGAGGGAUGACGUCAAACAGAUUACUGAUGCAGCUGCAGGCCGACAUCCUCUGCAUCCCUGUAGAGAGCGAGUACCGCUUUGCUCGCUGGAAGAAGGCCGUCCAGAAAGCCAUGAACUGGGAGACCACAGAGCCCUGCUACAACGGCAGCGGUUUAGGAAAGAAUAUGAACGGCGCACCCUGGGGGGUCCAUCCCAGCCCUCCCCCCAGCAGAGUGGACCACUAAGGUCCGACAUUUGCCGGUGCAUCCCGUGCGUGACGCUUGAGUUUCCACUUGGGGCAUGUUUACAUAUUAAAGGCUUUACUAACACGGUGUGUUCACGGCUUUAACCGACGCAGGUGUCCUCACUCGUUAGAAACUAACGUAAAGCGAAACUGUUCUGUUCAUAUUUAUUCUGCUACAGCAGCUUUGCAUGAUUCUUGGUUCAAAGUAAUCCUUCUCUAGCUCAUGCUUGGACAACAAGCUGUUUUAGCCCCUCCCCCUUUAAGCCAACUGCCUUCCUACUGGCUGUCCUUAUAAGCAGAAUGCUUGAACAACAAGUGAGCAGAGCUUCUGAUUUUACCAUCUCUCUGACAUCACAGAGAUCAAAGAAUAGAAAAAACUGUGUGACACUGAGUGUUUAAAACAGCCUGCAUAACAUGAAAUAAGUUAAAGCAAAAUAGGUCAAAUUAAUGAUACUUUUAAUCCUUCCUAAAGUUGUAAACAGAAUGUGAGGAAACAACGCUACAACUGAAUUUCCAUAAAUCUUUUUCUGUCACGUUAACAGGAAGUACGUGCUACACUGGCUCACUGCACCACCUUGUGGUUCUUAGUGGUAUUACAUGACAGUACAUUUCAAUUUCACCUGAUAUUCUUGCAAUACAACACCACAGUCGUCUCGUACGUAAUGUCUUAGCGGUUAAUUCUUC